AGUUUCUCGUCGCUUUCUGGCGUGUGAAGCAACAUUUACCGCCAGCGCCGCACAAAUCUCCUUCCUCCGCCUUCAUCCAUGACGAGCGCUGCUUCCCACACCGAACCCAUCCCGUUGCAGCUCGAUGUUGACUACGUCGACGCCGCACACGAUGCGUGUUUUGCCUGGCUAAAAGGAAAGUAUGCCCACCUCACUCAGGCUGCGGCGGCGUGCGACGCUGCUCCAGGGAAAUCAGAUGCCACCGAAUCGACAGACCAAAGAAGGUCGACAAAGCCGCAGCUGGACCGGUCUUUUCUGCAGCGCCUGGAGAAUGACGUUGCCGCGUGCUACGCCUUACGCUGGCGGGCCUUUGCGUUUCCCUCGCACCCCACCAAACCCCUCAGCUCGAGUUACCGCAAUGAUCCAGACAGGAAAAAUGAUCCUUCCGCCCUCACUGUCCGGCUGGAAAAGGUGGAGAAGUCCGAACGCAACGACUCCGCUGACACACCGAAGCUGUCAGACAGCACGGACGGGGCUGCACCUUCGCACCACGCACUUGUUAUCCGCACACGUGCCAGCGCAGAUGCGAAAAAGAAGGAGAGAAAGCAGAGGAAAAGGGCCAAAGCCGACGGCAACAACGAAGACGCAGCUUCUACUUCUCCAUCUUUUCGUUCUCCCCCCAUGAAGAUCGAACAGCUGGUGGAGAAGGUCGUGCGCGACGAAGAGCAGAUAAAACUGUGUCGUCUCCUUGGCGAAGAGUGUGUAGUGUAUGGCGUCCCUUUCGCCGGUCCUACAGAGGCGGCAGGUGCACCACAGCUCUCUUGGGUGCGUCGCUGGCUCCCUCAACGCUGGCGGCCGCUGCUGGGCGGCUAUGUGAGUGCGCCAACCCGCACCGACAGCGCCCGCUUCCUGCUCUUUCCGCAAUCGGCGCACCCCGCAGUGGACUUCCGUGACCCGACAGCGCCGCCGUUGCCACGAGGGAAGUCUCUGUCCGAUCCCCAAGGUGUCCCCUGCUACUGCCGUGGAAGCGUGAACUGGGAUGUGGAGAAGAACAACCCGGCGGCAGCGGGGACGGACGAGACCGCCUCGGCAGGUUUGCAUCGCUCACCGACGGGCUCGUCGCAGGGCAUCCCGGGGCUUAGCUACAGCGUAUACGCCGCAACGGCCGUCCCCGCUGCAUCAACGUCGCACCAACGGCACAACUGGGCGGAUGCGAUCGAGUUAGCUGUGGCGGUCGGGCAGUCUCGCACGGAGCGGCAUUACGCCCCGGAGCGGGCGAAGGUGCAGCGAGUGACCUUGUUAGAGGACUCCGCCGUCGUGAAGGUGAGUCAGGGCAACCCGCGCUACAGCACGUCCUUCACAGCGGCGACCGCAACGGUGCCGAACAGCGGUGUGAAGCACCAGCAUGAGACUUCCCCAGCGUUGUCCACGCCCAAAACGGAAAAGAAGAAACACACCAAACCCUCCUCCGUCACUGCUGUGGAGGACGACCGCAUCGACCGACUGCAACUUCAGGACGGCUACGACAGCAGCGUGCAGUACUUCGCUCUCCCCGCGUUUUGGCAGCGGCUCGUCCGUCCCUCCUUGAGGAGCACAGAGUCCAGCGACGCGGCCGAGACUGGCACCGGCACUCAAGUGUUGGAUUCAUCUCCGCGUGGUCAGUACCGGGUGCGCUGGUCCGGCGGUCCUGGACUGGAGGUGUGUCGAGUCAGCGGUCACGGACCGGCGCAAAAAGAAGAGGCCUCACCGUCGUCUUUGUUCACCGUCUUUGGGAGGCUCUGGACGGAGUCGUGGCUGGAGGUGCCGCUGCCGUGGCGGUUGGCGUUGAAGCUGCGCACGCAGUCCGCUGUCGUCAUGCCGCUGGAGCCCUCCAAACCGAUCUGGCCGCCCAUGGUGUCAACCCCAACGAUAGCAGCCACCACAGCGUCUCUGCCGCCUUCCACGCCUGGUAAUGUGGAAGGAGGACGAGGAGGUGAGAGUCGACUGCGCGAGCACCCGUACCUCUGGGCGACGCAGGGGCCACGGUGGGACGCGGCGCUCGUACGGGGCUUCAAGAACGACUACAGCGGCAUGCACCACGCCCGCCGCUGGUACUCCAUCCUCUCCGCGGAGCUCACGCUGAACGGCAAAGCGGAGAAUGGAAGUGGGAAGCCUGCUGGUCCUGCGUCGGAUGAGGGCACUGCAGCCUCCACUUCAGGCCCUGCUGCGUCAAGUCGGUGGAAGAACACGUCCUUGACAGCCUUCGCGAACGCGUGCGUGGUGGACACCGUGCGGGACUACCCGCGCGCCUCCGUCGGAUUCUCCUUCGUCUCUAAGAUUCCUCGCGUCGCCAUCACGCCGUUUAACGAGCUCAUCCCCCACAAGUUCGAGUGCUCGUUUAGCUGGUUCGCCGCCUUCAAGCCGAGCACCAACAAUGCGGAGGGCAGUGGGAGCGGCUUUAACGUGGAAUUCACGAGCGGGGUGCAGCCACCGCCGCACGGUGGAGAAGGAGCAGGAGCAGCGGCGGCGGCCGAGGGGGUGCCCUUCUUCCGCGUGUCACCGGUGGAGACGUUUCAGCACAUGAAGUGCGGGUUAACGUGGAAGUUUGAUACGUGA